AUGCCACCUCUCUGGAUCGUCCAGAACCGAUUGUUUUCCCGGCUGUGUUGUGGACUGAAGUCUCCAAUCUCCACACAAACCAAGCUUUGCCUAACAAUGGCUCGUCCGAGUUCAAAUAUGGCCGACUUCCGGAAGUGUUUUGCGAAAGCCAAGCACAUAGUCGUCAUUUCUGGGGCCGGUAUCAGCGCUGAGAGUGGGGUUCCGACGUUCAGAGGAGCGGGAGGUUACUGGAGGAAAUGGAAAGCCCAGGACCUGGCCACCCCGCAGGCCUUCGCCCGGAAUCCGUCCCAGGUGUGGGAGUUCUACCACUACCGGCGGGAGGUGGUGCAGAGCAAGGAGCCCAACGCUGGGCACCUGGCCAUCGCUGAGUGCCAGGCCCGGCUGCACGGGCAGGGCCGACAGGUGGUGGUCAUCACCCAGAACAUUGAUGAGCUGCACCGCAAGGCUGGCACCAAGAACCUGCUGGAAAUCCAUGGUAGCUUAUUUAAAACUCGAUGCACCUCUUGUGGAGUAGUGGCUGAGAACUAUAAGAGUCCAAUUUGCCCAGCUUUAUCAGGAAAAGGGGCUCCAGACCCCAAAACUCAAGAUGCCGGAAUCCCAGUGGAGCAACUGCCCCGGUGUGAGGAGCCAGGAUGCGGGGGCCUGCUGCGACCUCACGUGGUGUGGUUUGGAGAAAACCUGGACCCUGCCAUCCUGGAGGAGGUCGACAAAGAGCUGGCCCUCUGUGACUUGUGUCUAGUGGUGGGGACUUCCUCUGUGGUCUAUCCUGCUGCUAUGUUUGCCCCCCAGGUGUCAGCCCGCGGCGUGCCCGUGGCCGAAUUCAACAUGGAAACCACCCCGGCCACGAACAGAUUCAGGUUUCAUUUCCAGGGGCCAUGUGGGACAACUCUUCCUGAAGCCCUCGCUCCUCAUGAAACUGAAACUGUUUCAUAG